AGUUUCGUAAAGCUCCAGUGUAGAACAUGGAUGAAGUCAUAUAUUGUGUUGCGGUGUGCGUGGUGUGCUAUGGUGUAUCAGAGACUGUAUUUGGCGAGUGGAGUGUGAUGGGAAGCACCAUCAUCUUGGUCCACUCGUACUAUAACGUCUGGCUCAGAGCCCAGCUGGGCUGGCAGAGCUUCCUGCUCAGGAGAGAUGCUGUACACAAGAUAAAAAGCCUCCCUACAGCUAGCAAUACACAGCUGGAGCAGUAUAAUGACAUCUGUGCUAUCUGCUUCCAGCAGAUGAAGCACGGCGAGGAAGAAAUAUGCUUUGAAACGAGUGUGAAAGACUGAUAACUUUAGGAUGCCAAGUCCUGAUGCACACUUAUAUGUAGACCUUGCUGCCACUCUGACCACAGAACGUGUUUGUCCCCAGUGUGCUAUAACCUUGCAACCAAUGUGUUUUUUCUACCUUGUGUUUUUUCUUUUGGGGUUAUAUUUACACUAAUGUCAUUUUUUACUAGCAAUGAUCCAAAGCUGUUCUGUGGAUGUCGGCAACCAAAUACCCUCUGAUGUCUGUGUACGAGGAAACGGCCCAAUCUGUUUGUGUGUAAUGAACACAAAUGUUGCUCUGUACGUAAUCUAUAUUAAACCAGAGGUGUGUUGAUAAAUAUAUAUAUAUACAUAUACAUAAGUAAGACGAGGGCUUGGUUUCUCCAAAGUUUCCUUUCUUUGUUUCUUCACGUGCCUGAGAGCAAAGAGAAUUUUUGGAUAAGAAGCUGCUGGGAAAUCAAGCCCUCUGAUCUGAGACCAGCCAGUGUUGCUGCUUCUCCAGUCUAUAUGACGCAUCUUUUAAGCUGGUGUGAUCACUCUGCUGCCCUCUACUGUUAGGAGUGGGCUCAGCAUGGAGACGCAUUAAUUAGCGCUCAGCAGUAUUACUUACUAGCACUAUUAUUAAAGGUCUUAUUAGUAUGAAUGACCAUAUUCUUGACAUUGGGAAGCGUGGGCUGCAGGGUUGAGAAUGAAUACACGAUCAGUGUAGGAUCAAACCUGACCAACGCUGCUUUGACUUUUUGUGUUUAUUUUUUAAAGAGAUGAAAUGGAGAGUUUGAUGUAUUUUGCACAUGUUCUUCUGAAAGGUGAACCUAAGGGCUUUUCUGUACACACCUUCUUAUUUUAAUACCAACACCAUUCCUUUGACAUUGAUUUUUUUUUUUUCGAACUGCUGUUCGAUACUGUUGCCUCUGACUGACAGAUGUGUAGAGAUGAAUUGUAGUUGUGGGGCUGCUCUCCCCGACACUCCCUGCAGAUUUUUGUUUAAGAUGAAUUGUUUUUGUCCAUUGAGUUUGUCCAAACACAGCUUUAGGACCUGCUCUGUUUAAUCUGGCUCUCAGUGCCAUUUCUUUUCUGUUAAAAUGCUUCAUAUUUGUUUUUUUGGACUUUAUGCCUGUCAUUGCCUUGGUUAUUUUACCAAAAAUAAUGUUAAUCAAAUAAUAAUGGGUGUAGUUUGUAAGGUCAAGAGCAGACAAAGAAUGUAUUGAAAAAGCUAUUACAAUCAGUUUCUUUGAAAAGUCUCAUUUAUUUGUACAUUUUGGCGACAACGCAUCACGUGACUGAACUGACUGUGAGGUACUGCAACAGCAGAGGGCAGCAAUACUGUAGAAAACAUGCCAGCUCCCCAAAAACGAAGCCCAAACGUCUCUAUCGCUGCCUGGUGUCUGGCUGCAGUAUAGGUCAUGAACAACCCCUCCUCUAUAUUAGCGGAUGGGACUGGGGUCAGACUAAAAUAAAGAAAAAAACUUCUCCUCAGAUCAUUUUAACGCCUCCGUUACAGAAUUUCAGCUGUCAUUUUCACUCAAGUCUCCAUAGACUUUGGAGCAACUGUGUUGCUUCGAGGCCAUUUGCGAGAA